AUGACCCAGUGUGACCUGAAGGGCCUGUUGAGAAAUGAGCUGGGCUCCAAUAUGACCAUCUUGGCCAUGAACACAGCUGGGACCUUCUCAGGCUUCUACCACACUGUAGUGGCAGCUACCAACAAGCAGAUCUUGGAGUCACCCUUGCAAGGGAUCCAGCAGCAUCCCAGUGCCAAGAAACACCCCACGUUUGGUUUCACUGUGCAGUGGCAGUUCUCAGACUCCACCAUUGCCUUUGUGGGCCAGUGCUUUGUGGAUCACUGUGGGAAGGAGACACUGGAGUCCACGUGGCUCCUGCGGGAAGAGGUCCUGUCGCACAAGGACACCUGGAAAGCCCCCAGGGUCGGCACUUCCAUCUUCACCUUCAUCAAGUGA